GUUGCCAAAGAACUACUGGUGCAUUUUUUUAUGUAACUGGGUAAACUUCAGCAAAAGUUGUUCUUUCCUAAAAUCUGCGUGAAUGCACCCCUUUCCGCUCCCGAGAUAUACAUCACAAACAUCACCCUGCACGCAGAAAGAUGUCAAAUUCGUGACGUCACGUGUGUACACUGAUUACGUCCCUGGAUUCGACGCCAGUUCUUGGCUAUCAGCUUCCCGCUCGGUCACAAACAACUGUGCGCGUGUUUCUUUAUGGUAGGUAUAAACCACACCUUUAUGUCUUAAGCCAGUAUUAAAGGAAGUUCUACGGAGAAUUACACCAGUAUACGAAGUUUCGGAGGUGGACUAAAGGAAAGCUUGGAACUAUGAAGAAACUGCAGCCUGGCCCAUUCACUCUGGUGCUGCUCGUGCUGGUUGUCUCUGCAGAAGUCAGAUCAGCCGACAGUAUGAUUCCCGCCAACAAGCACAGCGAACACAACAGCCCCCGCAGUGACGGCAAAAAGACUGAUCCAACGAACAAGACUGACACAUUCACAGACGAACACGCAGGCUGCGGACAAUUCGAAAGGGAGAGAGGACGCAGACAUAGAUGAUCAUGGGCAAAAACCAUUCUAUACACAGUUUCCGCGAUCCAGCCCAACCUUGCCGUAUUCAAAGUGGUUGGAGAUGUGGAAGGCUUCGCAGGAAGGAUGCGGUGUACCCGGGAUAAAGUUCACCCGGCCACAGCCAAGAAUAGCUGGAGGAAGACCUUCCGAGACAGGAAACUGGCCAUGGAUGGUCAGCUUGAGCCCUAAGCCAAUGAAAGGGCAGCAUAUCUGUGGAGGAACUCUGAUAGCCUCUAACUGGAUCCUCACAUCGGCUCAUUGUCUCUUUGCGAUUCCUUUCCUUUAUGGCGAAAAUAAAUGGCUGAUGCGGCUUGGAAAGCUGAUGCAGAGUGGUCCAUUGAAAGAAGAGACGGAACAGGAUUUCAAUGUCAGCUUGAUUGUGGUGCACCCCCUGUACGACUUCCGUGUCUUAAUGCCGACUGAAGCCCUUGGAAAGCCUUCUGACCAUGACCUUGCCCUCGUGAAGCUGAGUGGUGACGUCACUGUUACACCAUGGGUGAGACCAAUAUGUUUGCCGUCACCCCAGUUCAAACCCCAGCCUGGGAAACUCUGUGUCAUCACCGGUUGGGGUCUCAUCAACGAUCCUACGAGCAACGCAUCCUCCACUCAAGACUUAAGGACGAGAUUCCUAAAGGAAGCAAUGGUGCCGAUUUGGGAGUAUAGCGAAUGCAAGAAUCUGGAUGGCUACAGGGAACUAUUGACCCCCAACAUGCUGUGUGCUGGCUUCAAAGAAGGCAUGGUGGAUACUUGCAACCUGGAUAGCGGUGGUCCACUGCAAUGCAAAUACAACGACAAAUGGUCUCUGAUUGGUGUGACCUCAUGGGGUGAUGCUGGUGGACGGGGAUGCGCACGGCCGAUGAAACCAGGGGUGUACAGCGAUGUAGGAGCACAUGUGCCCUGGAUUUUUGAAACAAUGUAUUCUGAUUAUGCUGGUAUACAGUCUCCAUCCUGGAAGACACUUUUUGAGCAAAGCUUGUCACGAAGGCAAUAAGACCACCCGACGGCUUCCAUCUUGGGAUUUAACAUCGUUAGGUUUGAGAUCUUCCUUCGCCAUUUAUAUGCAAGGGGAAACUUACUGUUUUCCAGUCCCUAGAUCAUAGGAUGACAAUUUUUUAUUUCACGUCCUUUCUCGUAAAGAUACUCUUGCAAAGGUUUGAUAAGAAAUGCUCUGCGCUGUUUGAAUCCAAUCUGAUUUCUUGUCAGCAACCCUAGUGAUUAAAACUCGCCAUCUAUACCAUAACUUUUCUUCCUAAUGAAAAUGUGGAUCUCUAGAAAGAAUCGCUCUGUAAAAACACUUUCAUGUGUUCAAAAUAGAAUUUGUUUAUGCUGUGAACAAAAUGAAAUUGUUGCGUAAACAACUAUAGAUAUUGAAGACAACAGUAAAAUAAAAUGGUUGCAACCUAG